AUGGCUUCCAGUUCUUCUCUCAAUAACGUCGUCAAUUCGUUGGUCCGAGCUUCAAUGGGCGCUUCAGUAUCUCCUACUGUAACAGACGAAGACUUGGAUCGACAUGUGGCAGAGCUGAUAUUGAAGGAGGCAAAGACCAAAGCCGAAAAUUAUGCCAAAGAGGGCAUUCGUGCAUAUCUACCAAAGCCUGGAUAUGCAGAUAGCAAUGUUCCUAAAACCAACAAGCGCUUUCUCAGCUCCCUGGUCAAAAACGUAAAUGACCACAAUAAAGUCAUUCUACAAGCUCAGGCGGAUGCAGCUGAACAAGUUAAAGAAGCAAGGAGACAAGAGGAAAUGAAGGAUAGGCGUCGGCGCGCAGAGGAAGCCACCGAUGACCGAGCUCAGGAGAUUCUUGGAAAGACAAGGAUCAUCGUAGGGGCGAAGGACGUAAUGAGAGGAGGAGCCGGAGCCCAAGGAGGAAGGAGCGGGACUCGCAUAAAAGUUCAAGUCCACGACGAAGGAGCCGUAGUCGGAGUCCUAAGAGAAGGAGUCGGAGUCCAUCACGAAAACACGAAUCAUCUCGAAAUGAACGGAGGAACGAACGGAGGAACGAACGGAGGAACGAACGCAAACACCGAAAGCGAGACCGUAGCUUAUCGACAGAGGAUAAUCGCUCUAGCAAACGCCACUCUGACCACAAGCGAAAAGGGCAAAGGUAGAAGCGAUGGUGACCGUCGCCCCAAAGAUGACUCUCUCACGCCAGAACCCACUGGCCCCAUACCCGCCUCUUCAUCAUCUAGGCGUUCGACUAGGUCUCCCUCUCCUGCAUAUGCACCCCUAGAUAAUUCAAAGUACUCGUCCAAGAUGGACAAAUACUUUUCUCCGGCGUAUGACCCCCGUCUGGAUGUUGAACAACCCUCGGUAGGCGCAUCCGGCUUAUUGGAUGGGCCACAGUGGGAUGGGUGGGAGGGAAUGCUUGAACUUAUGCGACUUAGAGCUCAAGACAAGGAAGAAAAAAAACGACGAGAGUGGGAGGAUAGGGAGAAGGAGAAAUUCGACCGUAAACGUUCCAAGGAGAAAGGCCUUAGCGGUCUUAAUCCAACAGUGUCUGAGCCCACUGGAGAGACUGGGCUGAUGGAUAUGAAGUAUAAGAAACGAGGAGCAGUAAAGGAGUGGGACCUGGCCAAGGAGACCCCUACCUAG